UCAACAUGAGUGUGUGUAUAUGUAAAAGUAAGUGCAGCUAAAAGUAAUAAAAGUAAUUAACGAAGAAAGGAAUGGCAACUUCAGGGUUUAAGCAUUUGGUGGUUGUGAAGUUUAAGGAAGAUACAAAGGUUGAUGAGAUCUUGAAGGGUUUGGAGAACCUUGUCUCUCAGAUCGAUACUGUCAAAUCUUUCGAAUGGGGAGAAGAUAAAGAGAGUCACGAGAUGCUUAGACAAGGAUUCACUCACGCAUUCUCGAUGACCUUUGAGAACAAAGAUGGUUACGUUGCAUUCACGAGCCAUCCUCUUCACGUUGAAUUCUCAGCCGCUUUCACUGCCGUCAUCGACAAGAUCGUGCUUUUGGAUUUCCCGGUGGCCGCCGUCAAAUCUUCCGUUGUUGUAGCACCGUGAAUCUUGUGAUGAUCAUAUACAUAUCGAACUUUGUUUCUUAAUGGAAACGAGGUUUGAGUUGUUUGGUUAUGUAUGUUUUGGUUUGAUUUGUUUUGUUUACGAUUUGCGAUGUUAAAGAAUCUGGUUUGGAUAGAACCUGGAAGUUUAUGCAUGAUUUCUUCAAUAAGUGCGUAUUAAGUAAAAAAUUUAAUACUGAUUAUGUUUUCAUGUGAGUUAA